GUCGCUUCGAGUGUGUUGAAGGAGUCCUGUGGAAAUAUGGCCGAUGUUUCGCUUGAUGAAUUAAUACGGAAACGAGGACUAGCAACCGGAACGGGAAUGUACAGCAGGCUUAACAGUCGUGGUGGCACAGUGGGCAUGAGAUCCAGAGUUCAACCUUCGGUUCCAAGCCGCCCAGUUGGCACUAGCUUCCAAAGGACUUUUGACGCACGACAAAAAAUCGGCAUGACAGAUGCACGUCUAAAGUUGGGAGUAAAGGAUGCCCGAGAGAAACUAGCAGCUAAAGAUGCCCGCUUCCGCAUCAAGGGUAAAGUUCAGGAUGCUCGUGAGAUGCUAAAUUCACGAAAGCAGCUAGUCUCAGCUGUGGAGAAACCCACCAAGGUGAUGGAUGCACGUGAAAAGCUGAGUUUGAAAAGGAGUGCACCAACUGCAGCGGUUAGCCCGGCUGUUGCAUCAGGAUCUUCAUUCAUAAAGCUCACAAAGACCAUCCAGAUUCCUCAACAAAAGAUUAUAACAUCAUGUAUAAACAAUUCCAUCAAAGGAAUGCGAAUCAAUGUGGUAAAUCACCAGCCACAAAAGCAGCCCCCAUCUCAGCUUGGCAAGGAUGAUGAUGAUGAUGAUGAUGAAGAAGAAAUGGAGCUCCCUCCUCUACCUACCAAGCAGAUGAAGAUCACAGCUUCAAAUACCUUGCAGAAGCGACCAGGGAUGGCAGGAAAUCCAUUCUCCCUUGGCCAAACCCUUCCUCUUACAAAAGUGGUACAAAAUGACUCGUACACGUCGCCUGUUCCCCAGCCUGUUCCGACUACACGUCCAAAAACCUUAACCAUGUCACGGACAUUGGUAACAAAAGAGGAAGCUACUGUAGUGCAACCAGUACCCUCGGAGCCAAUCCUCAGUCCUUUAGAAGGCACUAAAAUGACAGUGAAUAAUUUGCAUCCCAGGGUCACAGAAGAAGAUAUUGUGGAACUAUUCUGUGUUUGCGGUGCUCUGAAGCGUGCCCGUCUGGUGAGCCCUGGUGUAGCAGAAGUGGUGUUUGUUAGAAAAGAUGAUGCAGUUGGUGCCUACAAAAAAUACAACAACAGAUACCUGGAUGGGCAACCCAUGAAAUGUAAUCUUCAUUUGAAUGGAAAUAUUAUCACAUCGGAUCAGCCCAUACUGUUACGAUUAAGUGACACACCUGCCACAGCAAAGAAAGACACUGAAGCAAGAAGAUCCAGCUCAUCAUCCUCAGCUGUUACCAAUUCAACAGCUGAAGUCGACCCAGACACCAUCCUGAAAGCUCUGUUUAAAUCUUCAGGGUCUUCAGCAAUUGCUCAGCCAACUGCAUUCAAGAUCAAGCUGUGAGGCCUACAGAAAAAGGAUGCACCCAUUUUGAGUGAACCAGUGGUUCCAGUGACACAUGGAAAAGUACUGUUUUUUUCCCUGAAACUUUAACUAAACCUGUCCACCAGCUGCUGUUCGCUGGAAAAUUUCAGACAUGGUGUGGGACAAUCGGUCUGAUUGUUGUCUGUACAUUUUUUCCCUUUGGUUUUCUUGAGCAUACAAUUUUUUUUUUUUAAUUACUCUCUUCCAUUAAAACAUUGUUAUGCCUCCUACCAGGAGAAAAAAAAAGUAAAUGUAUGUGCAGUCCCAUACUGUCAAUUAUUGUUUGUACUAAAAACACAAUAUAACUUUUCUUCUUCUUAUGUGCGGCAUCCCUUUAACAUACAAACAUGCAUCCUGAUGAAUGUAUGUUGCAGAAACCAUGAGACUUUACUUUUCUAGAUAACUAUCUGGUGUAACUGAUAGUUGAUUAAAAAUGCAUUCAUUAGAAAUGUUAUGUUUUUAAAUUUAGUGGUUUGUGGGGGUUUUUUGUUAGGGUUCUGGUCAGUAUUUUAUUCUAUUGAUCUGAAAAUAUUGCUUUAAGACAUUUA